AUGGCCCUGCCGCCGGGCUGGACGAGGUGCGCGGGCGCUGGGCAGGGCGCGGAUCAGAAGGCGCGGGCCCAGAUGCCAGAUUCUGCUUCACGUGCCGGCCCCCGUGGCGGCCCCGCAGAGGUGGAGCGUCGGCCACGUGAGCGGCGCAGACAGGUACACCACCGACGACGGGAGGGAGUAUUUCCACAACGGCUCCACCAAUGCCACGCAGUGGGACAGGCCCGAGUGGGCGGGCACCCUCGGCCCGGACACGAAGUCGUUCGGCACCUCAGAGGUGUACGAGUACAGGCCCGAGGACAGCGACCUGGAGCUCCAGGAGCGCGCCGCGGAUCCGGACGGCGGCCGCAGCGUGGCGGUGGGCGCGCUCGCGUCGGGGCCUCCCCCAG